GGGGAUGAAAUCACCCCUUAAAGAUGAAUUAUGGCACGAACGAAAAUUACGGAUGACUUUAUCUUGUACACGAAGUUUCAUACUUUUUUUAACAUCCGGUUUCCCAAACUUCCCUUAUUAGUUCCUCGUUCAGCCGCACGGCAUGUACCCUACAAUUUUUCUAACAAAAUGAACAGAAAUAAAUAAAUUUAUCCAAUAUUUCCUCACAAAAAUAUCUUGACAGACUUAAUAAUUGUAGAAUAAAGAAUCUCUCUCUCUCUCUCUCUCUCUCUCUCUCUCUCUCUCUCUCUCUCUCUGAUAUCCGUCAUUUUGGAGGAUUGUAAUAAAUACUGAAAUGAAAUGUAUCGUUAGGGCCCCAACUGUUGUGUUAAACCUUUCGAUGGAUUAAAAUGUCCGUACUCUUUGUCGAUAUCCAAUUAAAUUAUUAUAUUUCCGUAGAAGUAGCAGUAGCUUAUUUAUUUGUCAGCCAGAGAUACGUGGCUACCAGAAUGACAAUGGUUGAGAAGAUGAUUGUAAGCAUGUUAUCGUUGCUUACAUGUUCACUUGCGACAGGUAUGUCGAGGCUAUAAACGGGGAGAACGUGAAGGUAGUCCUCAGUACGAUCCAGAGCGUUUUUACGUUUGUUCUGUUCUGGACGAUUGCCAUUUGAAUUAGUAUAUCAGUUCAAUAUUAAUUGUUUCGCGUCUACCGAGGAGUUAAAAAGAAGUUAGUCAAAGAUGACUGGCUUCGAAAUUUUAUGUGGCGUUGUGGCGGUGCUUUUCCUAUUUUACUACUAUUUGACAUCAACUUACAACUUUUGGAAGAAACGUGGCGUUCCCGGACCGAAACCGAUACCACUUUUUGGUAACAUCGCCUCAGUGAUGUUUUCACGGCUGUCUAUGGCUCAAUAUAUGCGCGAAGUGUACAAAAAAUAUAAAUCCGAACCUGUGCUUGGACUGUUCAUAAGGAGACAACCAUUGUUGGUUAUAAACGAUACCGAAUUAAUAAAAAGAGUACUUAUCAAAGACUUCACGAAAUUUUCAGAUCGUGGACUUUCUUUCGCAGAGACGGCAGAACCGCUUUCGAAGCAUUUGUUCUUUCUGGAGACAAAAAGAUGGCGAUCGUUGAGAACAAGGCUCACGCCAGUAUUUACGUCUGGUAAACUGAAGGAAAUGUUCUUCAUGAUCGUCGAUUGCGCUAAUAACCUUGAGAAACGUUUGGAGACGCUGGCAGUAAAAGGCGACCCCAUCGAUUGCCAAGAGUUGACGAACAGAUACACUGUCGACGUCAUUGGCACCUGCGCCUUUGGAAUUAACAUGAAUUACGUAUCGGACGUAGAAACGACAUUUCGUAAAAUAGGAAAAGAAUUCUUUACUGUUUCGUUAGCACAACAGCUAAGAGUUAGUGCAAAAAACAUCGCACCAAAGUUGUAUAACUUGUUAUCCUCCAUACUUCCGCGUCCCUUUGGCACCGACUUCUUUAUCAAGAGUGUCCUGACCAUGAUACAGCACAGAAAGAAGAAUAAUAUCGUCAGGAACGAUUUCAUUGACACAUUGAUGGACAUACAGGCGCAUCCUGAGAAGUUGGAGAACAUCGAUGUAACGGAUUCUCUACUCGCAGCCCAAGCAUUCGUCUUUUUUCUUGCCGGUUUUGAGACAUCGUCAACAGCAAUCAGUAAUGCACUUUACGAAUUGGCCUUGAAUCAGGAUAUACAAAACAAGUUGCGGGAAGAGAUCAACGAACAUAACGAGCUUAAUAACGGAGAAUGGCACUAUGAAAAUAUAAAAGCCAUGCCAAUUUUAGACGGCGUAUUUAAAGAAACGCUGAGAAUAUACCCUUCGGUGCCAUUUAUUGAUAGGAGAUCAGUCGACAACUACACUUUUGAAGACUUUAAAUUUUCAAUUCCAAAAGAUAUAUAUGUGUCUAUACCUAUGUAUGGUAUACACAACGAUCCAGAUAUUUAUCCAAAUCCGGACGUUUUCGAUAUUAGUCGUUUUACGCCUGAGGCGGAGUCGAAGAGAAAUCCAAUGCACUAUUUACCAUUUGGCGAUGGCCCAAGGAACUGCAUUGGUACACGAUUCGCAGUAUUUGAAGUGAAACUUGCACUCAUAAAGACAAUUCGUAACUACAAAUUUGACGUCUGCGAAAAAACUACCAUCCCAUAUAAAGUUGAUCCGCGCGCUCUUUUAUUAGCACCAAACCAUCCCAUCAUUUUGAAAGUAACAAAAGUUGAACGGUAAAAGUACGAUUCGUCUU